CAUACCUCUAUAAUAAUAAUAAGAAUAAUAUAAUCACUCUCCUAGGAGUAUAAUUUAUUGUAUAGACUUACUACAGCCUAUGAGCAAGGGAAUUUCUUACGUCUUAAAGAUUUCUUGCUGCUAUGCUCUUAGUAAAUCUCGCUGGUUUGGAUGGGAGAUGUUUUCAGCUACAAGAACUCGAGGAGCAAAACCAGGACCUAUCACAGCCUUUGCAAAUUUCACCCAACAUUCUGUAAGCCCUUCUAACAGCCUUCUGAAGUCUUUCUCAUAAGCAAGAAAGUAAGCAGCCAUGUCCCCACUCUGGUAUGGCAUUGUGACGUUUGGAACGCUGACCAUUGCAUUUGCAGUGUACACUCUGGUAAUGAUUGGAUGGCGUGUAUCCCAUAAUUGGCUUUCACAUCCAGGAUCAGCCAGUCCUGCAGAGCAGAAGAACAGUGUUUCAAUGAAUCUGAGUCCAUAUUCUGCUUCAACAUUCAAGUAUAAGAAAGGAAUAAGAAAUUCAGAAGCACCUGAAACUGAAUGUGUUGUCUGCUUAUCAGAUUUUGAGGAUGAAGAAUAUGUUAGGCAACUUUCACAUUGCAGGCACUCAUUUCAUGCUCCUUGUAUAGACAUGUGGCUUUACUCUCAUUCUGACUGUCCAAUUUGCCGCACGCCAAUCCAUCGACUGGAUUCUGAUGAUGGUGUAUCAGCAACUCAGAACUCUGUAGAGGGCCUGCUAGAUAUUAGAAUUUCAUCUUGAUCUUUCUCCUCCACCUGGUUACUUAUCCGACAACUGAAUCUAGAAAAACAAGUCAACACGACAAUUGACAUGUCUACUUGAGGAUAACAAACUAUUAGAGUUCUUGGAAGGUAUUUUUUUUUCUUUUUGUUAUAUUUCUACAUAAUCGGUCUUCCAUAUUCAAUGCAGUCAAUUGGAAAGAUUAUUAAAUACCAUUAUCAAUCAUAAUUCCAUGUUUG